CGAUACCAUCGUCGAUAGUUACGCAGCUCUACUACUUGGGUGUAGAGAAAUUUCGUGCGUGCAGGCGACAACACGGCACCCGUUCUGUCUACCUUCUAAAAACUACUAAACUUGUCGCGUUUUCCGCAUUUCAGAGUCUUUCUUAAGGUUUACAUUUCGCGGGACUGCUCGUGUGUGAUUUCUGUAAAAGAAACAAGCCAAUUAAAGUGAGGGAAUGUGCAUCAAAGUGGUGCAAACAACAAAUGGUUUGUGAGUGCGUCUGAAAAAAUCAAUCAGUUUGUGCUGCUGCAAGGGGCGGGCGGUUCACAACAAAAUGAGCAGCAGCGCCGCCGCCCAGCUGACUGCGCCGCCAGUCAGCAGUAACAAAAGCGGCAGCAGCAGCAGUAACAACAAUACAACGACGAAUGCGAGCGAAAGCAAUCUAAUCAUCAUACAGGAUAUGAUUGAUCUCUCGGCUAACCAUCUGGAAGGUUUGCGGACGCAAUGUGCAACGAGUGCAACGCUGACGCAACAGGAGAUACGCUGCCUAGAAUCCAAGCUAGUACGUUAUUUCUCCGAGCUGCUUCUAACCAAGACAAGGUUAAACGAGCGUAUACCUGCCAACGGGCUGCUGCCGCAUCAUCAGGCCACUGGGAACGAGCUGCGCCAAUGGUUGCGCGUUGUUGGUCUAAGUCCGGAGUCUUUGAAUGCAUGUCUAACCCGGCAUACUACACUGGAGCAAACGUUGCAGCUGAGCGACGAAGAACUGAAACAAAUGCUUGCCCACAAUCCUAGUAGCCAGUUGGACGAGGAAGUGCGUCGUCUCACCAAAGCGAUGCAUAAUCUUCGGAAGUGUAUGGAAACGCUAGAAAGCAGCGGUGCAGUUGCGCCUAAUGCUGAUCCGGAACAAUGGCAUUGGGACUCAUGGGAUCGACCCCACCCUCAUCACAUGCAACGCGGCAGCAUUGGCAAUAUUGGCCUCGGACUGAGCAGCGCCUCGCCACGCGCACAUCAUCGACAACAUCAGCAUCAGCAUCAGCACGGGAAUAGUAAGCCGAAAGUGGGUAGCAACUCCGCGUAUAAUUCUCGUAGCGAACAGCAACCACUGACUGGCUCACAAAUGACUUUAACAUUAACUCCCUCGCCACCCAACUCGCCCUUCACACCCGCCUCCGGCACGGUAUCGGCCAGCGGCACUCCGUUGCGCAGCCGUAGUACCACAACAGCUGCUGGCACGCCACCGCCCGCAAAGAAGCAUCAAACACUACUUAUGCAUAACAGCAGCGCUUCGGAUAUAGGAGUAACGGAGCAACCACCAAGGCCGCCGCGUAGCCGCCUGCCCACGGACCCGAGCCCCGAUAGCCAUAGCUCGGCAAGCAGUUCAGACAUUUUUGUAGAGACUAGCAGCACCACCAGCUCCAAUGUGCUACUAGUGCCGCCAUCUCCAGGUGUGGCGCAUGUGGGCAUGGGUCAUACCAUUAAGCAUCGCUUCAGCAAAUGGUUCGGCUUCGUGGCCACCUGUAAACUGUGCCAAAAGCAGAUGUUGAGCCACUGGCUCAAGUGUACCGACUGCAAAUAUAUUUGCCACAAGUCCUGCGCUCCGCAUGUGCCGCCCUCAUGUGGUCUUCCACCUGAAUAUAUUCACGAAUUUCGUCAAACUCAAGUGGGCGGCAGAUGGGACCCCUCCCAGCACAGCAGCAGUAAAGCGUCACCAGUGCCAAGGAAGAACACGCUAGGCAAGCCGCAAUUGCAGCAGCCACAACUGCAGCAUGGGGACAGCAGCUCACCAAGCUCAAGCUGCACCAGCUCAACGCCCAGCAGUCCAGCACUGUUCCAGCAGCAACAACAACAUCACCCGCAACUAGGCACGCCCAGUGCCUGCCAGCCGAAACUGGCAGCUGCGGUGGGAACAGCGGGAGCACAACAGGGUCAGCAGAGUCAAUUCAAUUUCCCUAACGUGACUAUUACCAGCAUCAAUGCCUGCAACAGCAACGCAAGUGCGGCCCAAACUCUGAUAUCCAAUGAGUCGCAAUCCCACAUGACCACAGGUGAGCCCAUGACCAACGGCAACAACAACAGCAGCUCCAACAACAGCAGCAACAGCAGCAGCACUAACAACAACAGCAGCAGCAGUUCCAAUGGUCUGAUCCAUUCCCUGACCGGCAGUCAAGCGUCAACCAAUUCGGCUGCGUCGCAAAUGUCGAAUUUGAGCAGCGGCAGCACUGCCACCUACACGGCCAGCCUGGUGAACAGCGGCAGCUUCUUUCCCCGCAAACUGAGCAAUGCGGGCGUGGACAAGCGCACGCCCUUCACUAGUGAAUACACGGACACACACAAGUCGAAUGAUAGUGACAAGACGGUGUCGCUGUCGGGUAGCGCUAGCACCGAUUCGGAUCGCACGCCUGUACGUUUGGACUCAACAGAGGAUGGGGACUCUGGACAGUGGCGUCAGAACUCCAUAUCGUUGAAGGAAUGGGACAUACCCUAUGGUGAUUUGCACUUGAUGGAGCGCAUUGGACAAGGACGCUUUGGCACUGUGCAUCGAGCCUUGUGGCAUGGCGAUGUCGCUGUGAAGCUACUCAACGAAGACUAUCUGCAGGACGAACACAUGCUGGAAUCAUUUCGCAAUGAGGUAGCUAACUUCAAGAAGACUCGCCACGAGAACCUAGUACUGUUCAUGGGCGCCUGCAUGAAUCCGCCAUACUUGGCCAUUGUCACAUCGCUAUGCAAGGGCAAUACUCUGUACACCUACAUACAUCAGCGAAGGGAAAAGUUUGCAAUGAAUCGAACGCUGCUGAUUGCCCAACAGAUUGCGCAGGGAAUGGGCUAUUUACAUGCGAGGGACAUAAUACACAAGGAUCUGCGCACCAAGAACAUCUUUAUCGAGAAUGGUAAGGUUAUCAUCACGGACUUUGGCCUCUUCAGCUCCACAAAGCUGCUGUACUGUGAUAUGGGGCUGGGAGUUCCGCAAAAUUGGCUUUGCUACUUGGCCCCGGAACUGAUACGAGCUUUGCUGCCGAGAAAGCCGCCCGGUGAGUGUUUAGAAUUCACAUCCUACUCAGAUGUGUACUCUUUCGGCACCGUUUGGUACGAGCUUAUUUGCGGCGAGUUCACGUUCAAGGACCAACCGGCGGAAUCAAUCAUUUGGCAAGUGGGGCGAGGUAUGAAGCAAUCGCUGGCCAACCUGCAGUCGGGUCGUGAUGUCAAGGAUCUAUUGAUGCUGUGCUGGACCUACGAGAAGGAGCAUAGGCCAGACUUUGCGCGCCUGCUCUCUCUGCUGGAGCAUUUGCCAAAGAAGCGUUUGGCGCGUAGUCCCUCGCACCCUGUCAACUUGUCUCGUUCAGCAGAAUCUGUGUUCUAACCAGCCUACUAUAUACAUUUAUACAUUUCUAUACACACGCAUAUAUGUUACAUAUGUAAGCAGGCACACGCACACGCGCACACACUGUUUCUAAUUAGCACAAUUUCACGUUAUAUAUAAAUGUUUUUAAACACACAUACCCACACCCACACCCACACCCAUCCCCUUGCCCUUACCCAUACCCAUACCCAAACCCACACAUGAACACACAGAUGUUUGUAACUCUAACUGUAAUUGUUGUGCGUGCGAAAUGUCAAAUGUGAAACCUGCUCUCCGAUAAAAGGGGAAGAGAGAAUGCAGAGAGCAAAGCUCACUUCCUCAGCCUCUCAAAGACUCGCAAAGAAAAGUUCAAAGUGCAUGUGUUAUAAAAACGUUAAUUGUAAAUAUACAUUUAAAGCAAAUCAAAGCAAAACAAAAGAAAACAGAAA